GAGCAGCGGCCGGGCUAUAAGUGCCGACACCGUGGUUGCGAGGCCAGGAGCCGGCCAGGAUGGUGGACAGCGUGUACCGGACCCGCUCCCUGGGGGUGGCGGCCGAAGGGCUCCCGGACCAGUACGCGGAUGGCGAAGCGGCGCGCGUGUGGCAGCUCUACAUAGGGGACACCCGCAGCCGCACGGCCGAGUACAAGGCGUGGCUGCUCGGGCUGCUCCGCCAGCACGGCUGCCAGCGGGUGCUGGACGUGGCCUGCGGCACCGGGGUGGAUUCCAUCAUGCUGGUGGAAGAAGGCUUCAGCGUGACCAGCGUGGACGCCAGCGACAAGAUGCUGAAGUAUGCACUCAAAGAGCGCUGGAACCGGCGGCAUGAACCUGCCUUCGACAAAUGGGUCAUAGAAGAAGCCAACUGGUUGACGCUGGACAAAGACGUGCCCCGGCCAGCAGGGGGCGGGUUUGAUGCUGUCAUUUGCCUUGGGAACAGUUUUGCCCACCUGCCAGACUGCAAAGGGGACCAGAGCGAGCACCGGCUGGCACUGAGGAACAUCGCGAGCAUGGUACGCUGCGGGGGCCUGCUGGUCAUCGACCACCGCAACUACGACCACAUCCUCAGCACGGGCUGCGCACCCCCUGGGAAGAACAUCUAUUACAAGAGUGACCUGACCAAGGAUGUCACGACAUCGGUGCUGAUGGUGAACAAUAAGGCCCACAUGGUGACCCUGGACUACACGGUGCAGGUGCCGGCGGCUAGCCAGGAUGGUGUUCCAGGCCUGAGUAAGUUCCGGCUCUCCUACUACCCGCACUGCCUGGCACCCUUCACGGAGCUGCUCCGAGCAGCUUUCGAGGGCAAGUGCCAGCACAGCGUCCUGGGAGACUUCAAGCCCUACGAGCCAGGCCAGGCCUACGUCCCCUGCUACUUCAUCCACGUGCUCAAAAAGACGGGCUGAGAGCAGCCACCGCUCCCAUGGCCCCAUGCACACUCGGACCCAGCAGCUCCAUACCCGGCCCUUCCAACUGCUGCGGACACCAGGGGAGAGGGGCUGUGUGGGGAGGGGCUGGCUACAGCAGAGGGUGUGUAGAACAUAGGUUCAGGCCAAUGGAAGGGCAAGCAAUACAGUCCGUGCCUUGACCAUUCCUG